AUGAGGGCGUACGAAACUUCUACAUUCUUAAACUUUUCAGCGGCGUUUCCCGACUCAAGCGUACCACUAUUGCGCGAGCUUGACCUCAAGUCACGAAAUGAGUUCAUUAAAUGCGUGCUCAUUAUGGUAUUGAUAAUGAUCAUCAUAACAGCUCUGUUCACCGUGUAUGUAUUAAUUACUCCAGAAAUUAAACAAUAUUUUAAAGUGCGUGGAUGGGAGAUAUUACUUCCUGCUAUAUUAUUGUUAGUUUUAGCGGACUGCGGUAUUAUUUGCUUCUUAUGUGCUAGAUCAGCCCCUUGGAAUUUUAUUUACUUAGUAUUGACGCGGGUGAUGGUUAAAGCGAUGCUCGGAAUAUCUCAACGUGAUCAAAUCAGAAAUGAGAAGUUACCUAGAAGAGUUACUGACAUCGAUCAACAAGUCGCCAAGCUUAAGUGGAAAUGGGCUGAGCACAUAGCUCGGGGAACCGAUGGAGGAAUGAGCAAUACUAAAGUAUCGCUACAAACUAGUAAGUUAGAAAAAAAACAAACUGAUAAUGAAAAGAAGGAAGUUAUCGUCAAUAUUGAUGAAAUUACAAUCGGUAAUGCGAAUGCUAUUUCAUCUUAUAAGAUUACUAAACAGCAAAUCGAAGAAAAUAAUGAACACAAUGGCAAAAAAGUUAUUAAUUCCGUAAAAAGUGAGGCUGGUAAUAUAGCGAUAGUAGAAGAAGUCGAUCAACAAGUACCAACAGUUGAAUCAGUUGAUAAGCGACGAAAAGUUCCGGAUAUUUGGGUACAGUUUCAAGAAGUUAAAGGACAUAAUAUGAGAGUUGGUAAACAAGUUGAAUUUGGACGACUGAGUGAGCCGGGGGGAAGGAAUUACCAGAAUCUACCAUCUGGAGGUGGAGGUGGCUUGGACUAUGACCCACAGUCCCGGAAUGGAUUUUUGAGGAUUGUGUUCACUAUUCUAUUGGCUAUGCUAGCAUUAACGUUAUUAUAUAAUGUCUUAGUUCUGAACUCGCCUUCUAUGACUGAAUUCUAUCGUAAUCAUCGUCGGCCACUAUUAUUUCUUUCUGGGGGUGUUUUGAUUUCAAUGUCCUACGUCAUGAUAUGCUGCUUGCCGCUCGUGAGAGCGCCUCCGUGUAAUUUUAUUGCACUUUUGAUCGUGCUUGCAGCGAUGAGUAACCUCGUGGCUGUAUUCACGACAAUGGUAGAAACGCAAAUUAUAUCGUUUGCGCUCAUAGGAACGAGUGUCACAGUAGGGGUUUGCCUAAUUCUGGCUCUCUCUAAAUUCGACUUCACAUCGUGGUACCUAUAUUUAGUCGUGGUAAUGGUAGUGCUGUCGGUCCUAUCAGUGGCGCUGGCGAUCGGGUCGCUGGCAAUGGACAUCAAUUUUAAACCACUGCAUAUGGCACUUUUGUACAUAGGAACGCUUGUUCAAGUGCUCUUACUGAUCAUGGAACUCCAGAUGGUUAUAGGCGGCAAAUCCAUAGAAAUUAGCGAAGAAGAUCACAUUUUAGCGGCAUAUAUACUUUACACGUCGAUUGUGAACUUAUUCAUUCAAAUUUUGCAGAUAUUAGCCGACUUGGACAGCGAUUAAGUGUUUGCUAUCUCUAUUAGUGUAAAAAACACUCGACAGUUAAUUUAACAUGUU